UUGCGUUUUGUUUCCCCCGGACACAAGAGAGCGCUGGAUCUACAAAACAUAAACAACAGAUUUACAUAUUUGAUCCGGCACGUUACUUUACACUCGAAGGCAGAUUUCCACCACUGUUUAUUACAAUGGGUUUUUGCUGUAAAUGAAUCCGCUAUGAGGUUUGCUAACAGGCUGUUUAGCAGUGGAUGGAGGAGGUUGUUGUGCAGGGAUGUGUCCUCAUACACACAAGGACAAAGUCCAGAGGCGAGAAUCAGAGAGUAUUUCUACUAUAUCGACCAUCAAGGACAGCUCUUUCUGGAUGACACCAAGGUGAAGAACUUUGUCACCUGUUUCAAAGACCAGCACUUCUUGGUUUUCUUCUUCAACCGUCUGAAAGUCAACCAGAGCGGCCGAUACGAACAGGACUUCCCCUUCCUCUCGCUCUGCGGACGCGAGCGCAACUUCCUUCGCUGUGACGAUCGGCCCGUUGUUUUCACGCACCUGUUAUCGGAGGCGGGGCAUGAUGAGCGUCUGUCAUACUGUGGAGGCGGAGCCAAACUCACCGUUCCGUUCCGCCCAGAAUCUCUCUUCAUGCACCCGGUCAGCGGUAGAGUGUACCAUCCCGGACCGGAGCGGGGAGGAGGCAUGGGGUUGGUACGGUCUGCGCUGGCCAUAGAGCUGAGCGCUCACUUUGAGUACGCCACGGGUCAGGAGAGCACGGGACAGCCUAGUCAUUUCAUAUGGGCGGGGUGUCGACACACUCUAACGAAUGAGCUGGCCAAACAUUUUCCUGUUCAAAAAGAUGAAUGUGUGAAGCUGCAGUGAUUCUGUCAACUGACAAAGAUAGUGACCAUUAAAAUCCUACUGGGAUUAAUGUAUAUUUAUGUAUAAUGUAUAUUCUGAACAUAGUGAGAAAAUAAAUGUAUAUGUCAGGUC